CCCACUGACGUCACAGGUUGUUUAAAUUAUCGCCUUAGGCGGACGCCAGUCAUUUGGAGCUUACUAGAAGGAGCAGAGAGUGGUGAACCUUUUGGUGAAGUUUGAUCUGUGACUCAUUUUCCACAAUGUCAUCUGGUGAAUCUGCGCCUACAAGUGAUGCGGAGAUGUCUGCUCCUCCAGGAGAAGAAGUGUCUGACCAAAAGAAUGUCGUAAGUCGUGUUUACAACAUUCCUUUGGUCAGCUCUGCCUAUAGUGUAGUCAGCUCUGUGUACAGUUCCACCAAAGAAAGUCACCCUUAUGUCAAAAGUGUGUGUGAUGUGGCUGAGAAGGGGGCAAAGACCCUGACUGGGGUUGCAGUGAGCGGAGCACAGCCUAUACUAACAAGACUGGAGCCACAGAUUGCAACAGCGAAUGAACUGGCCUGCAAGGGUUUGGACAAACUGGAGUCUACACUACCCAUUCUGCAGCAGCCCACAAAUAAGGUGGUGUCUGAUACAAAGGAGAUGGUUACAGGAGCCCGUGAUGCAGUCACCAGCGCUGUAACGAGCACUGUAACUGGAGCCCGUGACACAAUGACUGGUGCAGUGUCUGGUGUGAUGGGUCUGGCACUAGGGGCUGUUCAAGGUGGUGUGGAUAUGACCCGUGCUGCCGUUAAUUCUGUGAUGGAGUCACGUGUGGGCCAGCUGGUUUCAAGUGGAGUAGACACUGUUCUUGGCAAGUCAGAGGAGUUGGUGGAUCACUAUUUGCCAAUGACAGAUGAGGAACUGGCCCAGCUGGCUUCCUCUGUGGAAGGGUUUGAGGUGGCACCUGUGCAGCAGCAGAGGGAGCAACAGAGUUAUUUUGUUCGUCUGGGUUCUCUGUCGUCAAAGCUGCGUCAUCGUGCAUACCAGCACUCCUUGGGCAAGGUGAGGAGUGCCCGAACCAACACUCAGGAGGCUCUCACUCAGCUGCACCAAACCUUUGAUCUGAUGGAGUCGGCUAGACAGAGUGUACAUGGUGGGCAAGAAAAACUUCACCAGCUUUGGCUGGACUGGAGUCGUAAGCAGCCAGGAUCUUCGUCUACAGAGGGAGAGGAAAGGCUUCAAGAGGAGCCAUUGGAUUAUCGUGCUCUUGCCAUGACACGAAGUUUGACACAACAGCUUCAGACCACAUGUCUUACUCUGGCAACUGGGGCUCAAGGUUUACCGUCUCAUAUCCAGGAACGUAUGCAGCAACUCCGGCAGAAUGUGCAAGAACUUCACUCUUCCUUCUCUUCAGCUCACUCUUUUGGUGACCUUUCUUCUGGGAUACUAGCGCAGAGCCGCGAGCGAACCAAGAAGGUGAAAGAACAUGUGGAUGAGCUCUUCUCAUAUGUGGUUGCAAAUACCCCCCUCACGUGGCUGGUUGGACCUUUUGCACCUCAGCUUGUGGAGCGUCCAGAGACCCCUGAAGACCAACAUAUGGAGACUCCCCCACUGAUUGCAGAUACUUAAAUCCUUUCCUGGUAGUAAAGGCAGCCGUCAAUUAAAUGGUUCAUUCUCCAGUAUUUUCUCUGUUCCUUCACAUAAAAUCCAACAGUUGUUGCUUUGCAGGGCUAUAUUUGUAGUUUCAGCACUUUGGUGUUUACAGUUUGUAAUUGUUUAUUUGUAUGAUUCUUGACUAUAAAAAGACAGUUUAUAUUUCA